UAAUCGGUGACAUCGAAUGAGAGUGAAUGUAGCUUUUUUUGCUCUGUGGUCUGUGAAAAAUGUGAGCUGAUUGAAGUUUGUGGGUAUGUUCGUCGGGUGAAUCCAGUGGAUAAUUCGUAACAGACCAAAUAGCAAUGGUUAAGGAACAAUACAGAGAGACAAAUUUGGCGAGAAAAAUUUCUCAUGUGUGUUUUGGUGUAGACAGUCCCCAACAGAUUCAGCAGCAGGCACAUAUUCAUGUUGUCGCAAAAAAUCUGUAUAGUCAGGAUACACAGCGUACCCCUGUACCAUAUGGGGUGCUGGAUCGUAGGAUGGGCACAAACCAGAAGGAUGCAGAUUGUGCAACAUGUGGCAAGGGUUUGAAUGAUUGCACUGGGCAUUAUGGCUACAUUGAUCUCGAAUUACCUGUGUUUCACGUUGGUUAUUUUCGUUCCGUUAUAUCAGUGCUGCAAACAAUAUGCAAGUCAUGUUCCCAUGUUCUUCUCCCUGACAAAGAAAGAAAGCCAUUAAGGAUGAAGGUAAUGAAUCCUUCAUUACCAUACUUAGUACGAAAGGCUUUCCGAAAACAGAUCUUGGACAAGGCUAAAAAGAUCACAGUUUGUCCACAUUGUGGAGAAUUGAAUGGAACAGUAAAAAAAUGUGGCCUGCUCAAGAUAGUGCACGAAAAGUAUCGCUCCAAGAAAUCUACAGAUCCUGUGAUUGCUGUGGCACUUGCUGCUUAUAAUGAAGUGGUGGAAUAUAAUCGAGAAUUAGAGUCAGCUGUUUCAAAUGGAUUAGCUCACAUAUUCAAUCCUUUGGAGGUUCUUCAUCUGUUGGAACGAAUUCCUGAGGAAGACAUACCAUUGUUAUUAAUGAAUCCUUCAUAUGGACGGCCAAAGGAUCUCAUCCUCACACGUAUCCUUGUACCACCACUUUGCAUCCGCCCAUCUGUUGUCUCUGAUCUGAAAUCUGGAACAAAUGAAGAUGAUCUGACAAUGAAACUAUCUGAGAUAGUAUUCAUUAAUAAUGUUAUAAUGAAACACCGUCACUCAGGAGCAAAAGUACAGAUGAUUAACGAAGACUGGGACUUCUUGCAGCUACACUGUGCGCUGUAUAUGAACAGCGAAACAUCCGGAAUUCCCCUGAACAUGCAGCCAAAGAAAUCCAGUCGUGGGUUGGUGCAAAGGCUGAAAGGAAAGCAAGGUCGUUUCAGAGGAAAUUUAUCUGGUAAACGAGUUGACUUCUCAAGUCGAACAGUUAUUUCACCUGAUCCAAAUCUAAAAAUAGAAGAGGUUGGUGUUCCUAUCCAUGUAGCAAAAAUACUGACAUUUCCUGAGAGAGUGAACAAAGCCAACAUGAAGCUGAUGAAAGAAUUGAUUCUGAAUGGUCCAGAUAAACAUCCAGGAGCUAACUUUGUGGAGCAAAGUGGUCAGGCAUUUAAGAAGGCUCUGCGAUUUGUAAACAGAAACAAAGUUGCCCAAGAACUGAAGCAUGGAGAUCUUGUAGAGAGACAUCUACGUGAUGGUGAUAUUGUCCUAUUCAACCGGCAGCCAAGUUUACAUAAACUCAGCAUUAUGGCACACCAAGCAAAGGUGCUGGAACACAGAACUUUCAGAUUCAAUGAAUGUGUAUGUACGCCAUACAAUGCAGAUUUUGAUGGUGAUGAGAUGAAUCUGCAUCUGCCGCAGACUGAGGAGGCUCGUGCAGAAGCUCUUGUACUUAUGGGGAAUAAAUCAAAUCUUGUAACUCCUAGAAAUGGAGAACUACUAAUUGCUGCGACACAGGACUUCAUUACAGGAGCCUACUUACUCACACAAAAGGAUCAUUUCCUGGAUAAAGGACAGGCAUGCCAGUUGGCUGCUUGUCUCUUGGCAGGGGAUGAUAUUGCUAUGAAUAUAGACCUACCCCCUCCAGCUAUAAGGAAGCCAGCCACUCUAUGGACUGGAAAACAGAUUUUCAGUUUGAUUAUUCGCCCAAAUAAGAAAUGUCCUGUCAAGGCUAACUUACGCACAAAGGGCCGUGCCUAUACCAGUAAUGAAGAAUUAUGCAUCAAUGACUCAUAUGUUGUUAUUCGCAACUCUGAAUUACUGGCUGGUUCAAUGGAUAAAUCCACACUGGGUUCUGGUUCAAAGAACAACAUAUUUUAUAUAUUGCUGAGUGACUGGGGUGAGGAUUAUGCAGCCAAGGCCAUGUGGAGACUUGCCAGACUUGCUUCAUACUUCCUUAUGAACAGAGGUUUCUCCAUAGGUAUAGGGGAUGUGACACCAGGGCAAGGCCUGCUUAGGGCCAAACUUGAGCUUCUGCAUGCGGGAUAUUCUAAAUGUGAUGACUAUAUCCAAUCUCUAGAAGAAGGUCGAUUACAGUGUCAGCCAGGUUGCACAGAGGAAGAAACGCUUGAAGCAGUCAUCUUGAAGGAACUGUCUGUUAUUCGAGACCAUGCUGGUAAAGCUUGUCUUAAAGAACUUCAUCCAAGCAACAGUCCUCUUGUAAUGGCUCUUAGUGGUUCCAAAGGAUCCUUCAUUAAUAUCUCUCAGAUGAUUGCCUGUGUGGGUCAGCAAGCCAUUAGUGGGCACAGGGUUCCUAAUGGUUUUGAAGAUCGAGCACUUCCCCAUUUUGAGCGCCAUUCCAAGAUACCUGCAGCAAAAGGUUUUGUUGAAAACAGUUUUUAUUCUGGACUCACACCUACUGAAUUUUUCUUCCAUACUAUGGGAGGAAGAGAAGGUUUGGUUGAUACAGCAGUCAAGACAGCAGAGACUGGCUACAUGCAGCGUAGACUAGUAAAGUCUCUAGAAGAUUUAUGUCUGCAUUAUGACAUGACAGUUCGUAAUUCUAUUGGAGACAUUGUUCAAAUCUGCUAUGGAGCUGAUGGACUAGAUCCUACGUACAUGGAAGGUAAAGACUGUCCAGUUGAUUUUCAACGAGUGUUAGAUCAUGUGCGUGCAAAAUGUCCAUCUCGUGAAGAAGAACCACUUGAUGGACCAAGUAUCAAGAAGGCAGCUGAAGAGAUUCUGAAGACUGAUGACUUUGAUACCUGUAGCACUGAAUUCAAAAAUGAACUAAGUACCUUCAUGGAGAGUUUUGCUCGGCGCGUUGCCCGGCUGCGUCAUCGCUAUGGUGUAGAUGAUACACCAAUUUUUCCUGCUGUUGUCUUGCAGUUGGAAAGACUUACAGUUAGUCAGUUAGUUGAAUUUUUCCAUACGUGUCGUGAUAAAUACAUGCGGUCCAAGAUAGAACCAGGAACUGCAGUAGGUGCUCUUGCUGCACAGAGUAUUGGAGAACCUGGCACACAGAUGACCCUCAAGACUUUUCAUUUUGCAGGAGUUGCAUCUAUGAAUAUUACUCAGGGAGUACCUAGGAUCAAGGAAAUAAUUAAUGCGAGCAAAAUAAUUAGCACUCCAAUUAUUACUGCUCAUCUUGAGAAUGAUACAGAUGCUGAGUUUGCUAGAAGAGUCAAAGGUCGUAUAGAGAAGACAGUGCUUGGAGAGGUGUCAGAGUACAUUGAGGAACUCUAUCUCCCAGAUGAUUGUUUCCUCCUCAUUAAAUUGGAUACUGAUCGUAUUCGUUUGUUGAAGUUGGAAGUUGAUGCAGAAUCUAUUCGUUUCAGCAUCUGUACAUCACGCCUAAAGUUGAAACCACAACAAGUCACGGUGGUUAGUGACUCAAUCAUAACUGUGAAACCAGGGAAGUCAAAGUCUACUCUCAAUUAUCAACUGCAAACUCUCAAAGAAACUGUGCCUAAAGUUGUCAUCAAGGGACUGCCUUCUGUAAACCGUGCUGUGAUACAUAAUGAUGAUUCAGGUGGCCAGACUCGGUAUAAAUUGUUUGUGGAAGGAGAUAACCUGCGAGAAGUUAUGGCAACACCUGGAGUCAAAGGAACCUCUACUACCUCAAACAACACCUAUGAGGUUUUUACAACCUUGGGCAUUGAAGCAGCCAGAGCAACUAUCAUGACAGAAAUUAAACUUGUUAUGGAAAACCAUGGGAUGAGCAUUGAUAGGCGUCAUCCUAUGUUAGUCGCAGAUCUGAUGACUAGCCGAGGUGAAGUCUUGGGUAUCACUCGCCAUGGUCUUUCAAAGAUGAAGGAGUCAGUCCUCAAUUUGGCUUCGUUUGAGAAGACUGCUGAUCAUUUGUUUGAUGCAGCAUACCAUGGCCAGAAAGAUGCUAUUACAGGAGUGAGCGAAUCCAUAAUCAUGGGAAUUCCCAUGGCCAUUGGUACCGGCAUCUUCAAAUUGCUCCACAAAGCUGACAGUGAUCCUAAUCCACCCAAGAGAAAGCUGAUCUUUGAUGAUCCUGACUAUCACAAACUUCCUUCAUAGUAAAUAGUGUAUGAUUAGUUAGGGCAGAUACUACUGUAUUGUGUGAAAAAUGCAAAUAAAAUGUUCGUUUUCAAUGUG